AUGUUUAAGAAGCUUGAAAUCAAUAUCCAAUUCUCUGAGGCACUUGAGCAUAUGCCUAUAUAUGCCAAAUUCAUGAAAGACAUCAUCUCCAAGAAACACACCAUUGAUACUGAACCUAUACUUUUGACUAAAACUUGUAGUGUUAUUUUGCAAGGUAUGAAGAUUCUGGUAAAAAAGAAAGAUAGGGGUUCAGUCACUACUUCAUCCAUAAUUGGGGAUAGAAAAUUCAAUAUGGCAUUGAUUGAAUUGGGAGCGAGUGUAAGCCUUAUGCCUUUGUCCAUCUAUAGGAAGUUAGGAAUAGGUUCACUUUACGAUACCAGAAUGACACUCAAGUUUGCUGAUCACUCGGUAAAUAAGCCUUAUGGUAUAGUAGAAGAUGUUAUGGUAAAAAUAGAUAAGUUUGUGUUUCCUCUUGACUUUUCUAUUCUUGAGAUGCCUGAAGACGAAGAGAUACCUCUAAUUCUAGGAAGACCUUUCUUAGAAACAGGGAGAUGCAUGGUAGACAUUGAGGAGGGAACCAUGACCCUUAAAGUUUAUUAG